GAGGAGGAGAGUCGACAGUCAUCUGAUUCUUUUCCUGUCCCACCCUCCACCGGACAGACGGGAAGAGCUGACGGCGCUCGAGCUCCACACACCGCCUCUGAGAGCGACUCCGAGCCGCGCGAAGCAACACGGACGACGCGGAGCGGCAGAAACGACGCGACGCGACGCCACUGAAACAGCGAGGCGCGAUCAGCCGCGCAGACAGAAGUUCCAGAACUUGAGCAGAACUUGAGAAACUGAUCAGACCCGCGAUGAUCGGAGAAACAUGACGACGCCAGCGCGUUUCUGAGCGCGUUUGUCCGCGAGUCGGAGCGGCUUUUCCUGCUAUUCUUCUUCUGAGCGCUUCCUGCUCGGGCAAAACCACCAACAGCUAAAAAUACUGAGCCCUCAAUGGAGCCCUGAGCACAGACUUCAGCUCUCCAGGGCCGAUGCGUCUCCAGUCGCUCGGGGGUUUUACAAGGACUUGAUCUCUGAGAUGUUUUCCUCUCAUAUGUGAUGUUUUGGGGGGUAGAUGCUCGUGGAGAGACUGAUUUGGUGUUUAGAUGGGGAUCGAUGACUGAUGGAGACGCUUCCACCGAUGAUCCGGGCGUACAGGGUUGUGACAAACCCACAUGAACUUCAACAUCACACUUCUUCUGAUUUCACUCAAAGUGCCUUGUAAACUCUCCAUGGAGCCGCUGAAGAACAUAUUCUCCCGCGGCCCGGUGUCCGCCUGGAAGAGUCUGGAUCAGACUCAGAAGGGUAACUUCACCAACCCGGUUUGGACCGCUUUGUUCGACUACGAGGCUUCGGGGAUAGACGAACUCACACUGCGUAAAGGAGACCUGGUGGAGGUCCUGUCUCUGGAUUCGGAGAUAUCCGGAGACGAAGGAUGGUGGGCGGGAAAGGUCAACAACAAGGUGGGAAUCUUCCCCUCCAACUAUGUCUCCUUCAAGCCCAGUGGAUACGGUGAGCUGCAGGGCUCGGGUCUGGGACCGGCCGUGGUGAGCGAGCUGGAGCCGGACACGGUGGACUUCAGCGAGCUGAGUCUGGAGGAGGUCAUCGGGGUCGGCGGCUUCGGGAAGGUCUACCGAGGGACCUGGAAGGGCGAGUUGGUGGCCGUGAAAGCGGCCCGUCAGGAUCCAGACGAGGACAUCAGUGUCACAGCACAGAACGUCCAGAACGAAGCCAGGCUCUUCGCCAUGCUCAAGCACCCCAACAUCAUCGCACUCAUCGGUGUGUGCCUGCAGGAGCCAAACCUGUGUCUGGUCAUGGAGUAUGCGUCCGGUGGCCCGCUGAGCCGUGCUCUGGCCGGACGGAGGAUCCCGCCACAUGUGCUGGUCAACUGGGCGGUGCAGAUCGCCCGAGGGAUGCUGUACCUACACAACGAGGCCAUCGUCCCCGUCAUCCACCGAGACCUCAAGUCCAACAACAUUCUGCUGGCAGAGCCUGUGGAGCAGGACAGCAUCGAGGGUAAAACCCUGAAGAUCACUGAUUUCGGUCUGGCGCGUGAGUGGCACAAGACGACGAAGAUGAGCACCGCAGGAACCUACGCCUGGAUGGCCCCGGAGGUCAUCAAGUCCUCCACCUUCUCCAAAGGCAGCGACGUCUGGAGUUAUGGUGUGUUAUUAUGGGAGCUGUUGACCGGAGAGUCUCCCUACCGAGGGAUCGAUGGUCUGGCCGUGGCUUACGGAGUCGCUGUGAACAAACUGACCCUUCCGAUCCCGUCCACCUGCCCGGAGCCCUUCGCCCAGCUCAUGUCCGAGUGCUGGGAUCAGGAUCCGCACCGCAGGCCCAGCUUCUCCUCCAUCCUGCAGCAGCUGAUGGCUCUGGAGGAGCAGGUGAUGCACGAGAUGCCACAGGACUCCUUCCAUUCACUCCAGGAGGACUGGAAACUGGAGAUCCAGGACAUGUUUGACGAGCUGCGGGCCAAAGAGAAGGAGCUGCGGUGUCGUGAGGAGGAGCUGAAGCGUGCGGCGCUGGAGCAGAAGUCUCACGAGGAGUUCCUCCGUCAGCGCGAGCAGCAGUUAGCGCAGUGGGAGCAGGACGUGUUCGAGCGAGAGCUAUCACUGCUCAUCAUGGACCUCAACCAGAACCAGAAACCCAACGUCAAGAAGCGCAAGGGAACCUUCAAGAAACACAAGCUGAAGGUGAAGAACGGAGAGAAGAUCAGCAUGCCGCAGGAUUUCAUCCAUAAGAUCACGGUCCAGGCGUCUCCGUGUUUGGAGAAGAGGCGUAACUCUCCGGAUCUGGGAUCGCCGUCCAUCGGUCCACGCUUCCGAGCCAUACAGCUGGGUCCCAGUGAGAGCAAGUGGAGCUCGGUUUGGCCGCUGGAGACUCUUCCUCUCAAGCAGACCAACGGAGAGAGGAAAUUCACUCCUCAUCUGAGCCCCAAAAGCCCCAAGAGUCCAAAGAUCCUCCGUCUGAGCACGCAGGAGAACAGUCUGUCGAUGAGAGCCAAACUCCUGGAGGUGGACAGUAACGAGAGCGAGGAAUCCAGAGCUGAUUUUGAGGAGUACAGACCCAUCACACCAGAGUCCAGCCACAACGAGGGCUCUGAGAGCGAGGAGGGCUCGUCCCCGUGUGGUUCUCCCAGACCGGAUGCCCCCGGGCCGGUGUGUCGAGUGAAGAGCACACACCGCGCUCUGCUCAGCAGCGCCGCCCUGCUGGCGUCCGUGGCUCUGGGCCGCUGUGUGGAGCCGCAGCACCCGCCCACUCCACCGCCGCGCACCUCGUCCCGGACACACCUCCCGGAGCCCGAGGUGGGGGAUCUGAUCAGCUUCAGUAUGGACUCCCUGCCGCGGGGCCUUCUGGACUCGAACCCACGGCACGACCGGACUCCACACGCUAACGGAGACGCCGAGGGACCGCGGCAGAGCGGGGAGCGCAGGAGGAGGAGCAGCUGCGGACUCAGCUCCUCACAGCUCAUCUUGGAUCUCCCGCUGUGUCAGGACACGUUUGAGGCCGAGGACAAGUCUCCGCUGCCCUUCGCUCUGUAUCCAGACCCUCGCUUGUGGAGCCCUAAAACCCGGCGUCUGGAGGUCAACAUCAUCCCUCGGCCGCGUCCGUCCCCUAACCGACCCCGCAUCGACCCGUGGAGCUUCGUUUCGGCCGGCGUGACGGACAGAGCGGCCGCCCAUAGGGUCAUCAGCAGCCCCACGAGCCCUCGACUGGCCUACCAGCCCUCGCCCACAAACCCCUUCACAAACUGUGACCCCUUCCCUUCCCCGGACUGUGACCCCUUCAUUCUGAGGGUCGACCCUGCUGUGAACUCGGACCACGCCUCGACCUUUGACCCCUUCUCCGCCCCGUUCCCCACCUCGCGCUCGGCGCCCUGCUCCACCAAUGGCAGUCCCAAUCUGUCCCUGCGGGUGGCGCCGCUGAACCCGGCCGACUCUCCGCUCUUAGACCUGAGCUGGAUGGGUGUCAGCCGGCCCCUCGACGGCCCCAAAGAGAGGGUCCAUCCUCACCGGAGCCUCGGCCUCAGUCCGUUCAGAUCCUCAGCGCCGCUCAGAGACGACCGCUUCUGAACCCUGUCCCGCAAACGAGGGU